UUCGUUUGUGCGGUCGGCAUCGUGUUGGUGUAGUGAAAUUUGCGGUUCCACAAAGGUUGGACAAAAAAAUAAAAACAAUACGCAUGGACGCAUUUGUUAGCGAAAAAUGCCGGCGAAACUUUUUUGCUAUUUAUUCAAAUGCUCGUGUGUAGUGAAAGAGCUGUAAGGAGGAUGUAUUCUAUGUGAGCAAGUAUUAUGUUGAUUCGACAGUAGAAGUUUGAUGUGUGACUGUGAGUGUGGUGGAAUAUUGUGUAAACAUAAGCAAAAAGUAGAAUAAGCAUAAUAACAGUAGUGCUUGUGUUGGCGAUAGACGGCCAGACGAACGAGAAGUUUAUCAGUGCAGCAUUCUUCCUCAGACCGGAAACGACCGACGAGAAAUGUCUUCCAAAAAUGAACUGAAAAAACUCUCGGAGGAGAGCCUGACCCGGCAGCCGGAGGAGGUGUUCGACAUCAUAUGCAAGCUAGGCGAGGGAAGCUAUGGCUCGGUGUACAAAGCACUACACAAAGAAAGCGAGCAGGUUCUCGCGAUCAAGCAAGUGCCCGUGGAUACCGAUCUGCAGGAAAUUAUCAAGGAGAUAUCCAUCAUGCAGCAGUGCGACUCGCCUUACGUUGUCAAGUAUUACGGAAGUUAUUUCAAGAAUACCGAUCUCUGGAUUGUGAUGGAGUACUGCGGAGCUGGCAGUGUUUCAGAUAUUAUGCGAUUGCGCAAGAAAACCCUUUCGGAGGAUGAAAUUGCAACAAUCCUGAGCGAUACGCUGAAAGGGCUGGAGUAUUUGCAUUUGCGGAGAAAAAUUCACCGAGACAUCAAGGCUGGAAACAUCCUGUUGAACUCGGAGGGUCACGCCAAAUUGGCCGAUUUCGGUGUGGCCGGUCAACUAACUGAUACGAUGGCCAAGCGGAAUACUGUGAUCGGAACGCCGUUCUGGAUGGCUCCUGAGGUUAUCGAGGAAAUCGGAUACGACUGUGUGGCGGACAUUUGGUCGCUAGGUAUCACCGCCCUAGAGAUGGCCGAAGGAAAACCUCCGUACGGUGAUAUACAUCCGAUGAGAGCUAUCUUCAUGAUUCCGACAAAACCUCCACCAUCGUUUCGAGAUCCAGACAUUUGGAGCCCGGAGUUCAUAGAUUUUGUAAGCUUGUGCCUGGUGAAGAAUCCGGAAGAACGAGCCACCGCUACUGAUCUGUUGACACAUGAGUUUAUUCUAAACGCUAAACCUUGUAGUAUUCUUAGCCAAAUGAUUGCGGAAGCAAAAGAAAUUCGGGAGAAUCAGAGCUGUAGGCAUGCCGCGGCUAUUAGUCAAGCGAAUAAACAAUUGCAGAGUAACAACAAUAACAUCAGCCAGGAGGUUGAUUCGGAUGAGGACGACGUGAAUUCACGGACGAUGAAAGAGUUUCCGGAAGACUGUGGCACACUGGUGCCAGGAAGGGAUGAUGGUGAUGGAACUAUGAUUGCCCAUACAGACUGCGGAACGCUUGUUCCGGACAAUGCAACGAUGGUAGAGUUGCAAUCGAAUCUCGGAACCAUGGUUAUCAACUCAGAUUCGGAGGAAUCAACAAUGAAAAGACACGACACCAACCCAGACAAGCCCAAAUACCGACCGCUAUUUCUGGAUCACUUCGACAAAAAAGAGGCGGAGGCAGCAAGUUUUGUCACCAAAUCCAGCUCCAACCAGCAAAGCUACGAGGAGGAUAGUUCAUCCCCGGAAGAUGCCCACCAGGAUGCCUCGCCUCAGCGACCUCAACCUCAGGUCCAAACCCCGACCAAACAACCACAACAAAAGCAGCAACAACAAAUGCCGACAUCGAAUCCCUCCGCUCCACCUUUAACGCAAAGUCUCGAAGAGCAGCAGCUCAACGAGGAACGGCAGCGAUUUCAGUCGCAUCUGCAGUUACAACUUAAUCAAAUCUCCGCUGUCAGCCCAAACAUGCAUCAAAUGCAGCAGUAUCAGCCAUCGCCGAUAGCGAUUACGCCGGACGGCUUGGGAGGAGGCGGAGGCGGUGGUAACGGAGGAAUAGAAGCUCACAAUAGGAUUUACAACAAUAGAAUAAACCUGAUUGAUAGUGAAUACGAUUCGCUCAAAUUCCUCAACUAUGAACAGCUCGAGCAGCGGCUGGCAAGUAUCGACAAAGAGAUGGAAAAGGAACUGGCGGAAACGAACAAACGCUACUACGCCAAGCGGAAGCCCAUUAUCGAUGCCAUCGAGGCAAAACAGCAAAAGCGACAGCAGAAGUUGGAGGAAUUUUGAGUUCUUAUCUAGUGCUAAUAGUAGGUAUGGUACCAUUUUUUCUUUUAAUGCCGUUUCGUUGAUGUUUUCUACUCUCUGAACAUAAUUGCGAACGGCAAUAACUUUUCCCCUUCGUUGUGACGUUUCUUUUUUUGCUAGAGCAUUUAUUUUCGAUCAUCCCCUUUCUCCCACUGGAGAAAAGAGCGUAGCGAAAACAGUAGUUUUAAUUAUUGAAUAACUAAAAAAGUGCGCAGUCAGAUUUAUUCUGAGCAUUACUGGAUUAUGUUUACUAAUGGGUCGAUUUGAUUCCCAUUUCCCCAGCUGCCUAAACGAAUGAUGCGCAUGAUGAUUUUAGUGAAAUAGUGUUAACUUAUAUUACAAGUGGAUAGACUUUUUCGAAUUUAACAAAUUAAUAGCCAACACAUUUUUCUCUCAACCUGAAUAUGGUUUUUAGAUCUUUUAUAAUAGUAAACAGCCUGCGCCAGGGGUGAAGGAUUUUUUUUUAAAUGAUUGGAAGUAUUAAACAGAAUUGUUUCGGCCAAGCUCCGUCCUCAAACGAAUUGUUUAAAAAAUACUAUCAUAUCUGUAUACAAGAUUGUUUCUUGGCCCAAAAUCCAAAUUAUAGAUGCCAAAACCAUUUACCCUUUACUGAAACUUCGAAGAAUUUAAAUCGCGUUUAUCGAAACUAUGUUGGUGCUUUCCGAUUACACUAAAUUUCUUCUUCUGACAACGGUAACUCGUGGUAACAAAAGUUAAGUGCUAUUUACUCAAAAUUUAAUCAGAACUGGUGUAAAAAGUGAUGUAAUAUAAUACUUUGUAUCAGUACGAAAUCAAGUAGGAAAGAAUGACCUCAGAAAAAUCCAGGACAGGUAAUACAGUUUUUGUACAGAGUAAACUAAAGGAAAACAAUUUGUAUAUUGAGAAUCAAGAAGUAUCAACCAGGAACCACAUUGAAACGGGAGCCACCAUUUGUUACAGCAUGCCUAUAUCUGCAUAGCGUUACAUUUUAUAUAUACAAGCUGUAGAUCCGGAUUCAAAAAAUUGGACUCAAAAGAAAUAUAACAAUAAACUGCAUUAGGACGCUCCUCAGCAGAGCAGUUAGUAUUCAGAAACAGGUUUUAUUGAAUACAAGUAUAAUGUUGCCAUGCGUAA